GCCUCAGCAACUGGGCGGCCGAGGGCCGAUAUCACAAGACAGCCGUGCCGAGCGAGAGCUGCCUGCGAGUUGCCGGAGGAGAUGCCUCUGGCUCUGACCUGUGGGCGCCGCAGGUCGCACCCCGACGCUCUCGGCAGUCUCGCCCGCCCCAGCGAGGCCACCGGGAAGCCGGAGUGGGGCUUGACGCUUCACAAGCAGGAGGGCGACACGUUGGGGGUCGGUCUCGGGAACACGUCCACGGGCGCGGUCAUUUUCAACAUCCCCGAGGGCGGACUCGUCGCCCGGUGGAACGAGGCCAACCAGCGGCGCUUGUACCCCGGGCAGAUCAUCACGGAGGUGAACGGCGUCAGGGGCUACUGGCCCAUCUUGGAGGAGUUAAGCAGACCCGGCGUACUUGCUCUCACGAUCUCCAACACCCGCCGCCGAACGCGAUGCCGAGCUGGUUCGAGGAUAUCGCCGCCACGGGCAGCCGGCUGCAGAAGCAGGGCGGCAUCCAGCUUCGGCUUGAGCAGGAGGGCUCGAACUCCGCCAGCUCGUUCUCGCGCCUCCCGACCGUGAAGGCCAGCGACUGCGGCGUCGACCAGUGCGCGAUCUGCAUCGACGACGUCGAGCCUGGGGAAACUCUGGUGC